CGGCCCCCGCGCGCAGUCUGCGGGCCUCGGCGGCAGCGGCGGAUCCCAAACAGCGGCGGGGACUGGGCCGGCACGGGCGGAAAGCGGGCGGCGCCAUGAUGACCUGGGGGCUGCAGACGGGCCCCGAGAGGGCCGAGCUGCAGGAGCUCAACGCCCGGCUCUGCGACUACGUGCGGCGAGUGCGGGAGCUGGAGCGCGAGAACCUGCUCCUGGAGGAGGAGCUGCGCGCCCGGCGCGCCCACGAGAGCCUGGAGGCCGAGGGCCAGGCCCGCUUCGCCGACGAGGCGCGCCGCCUGAGGGAGCAGCUGGCCGAGCUGGGCUGGGCCGUGGCGCUGGCCGAGGGCGAACGGGACGCGCUGCGCCGGGAGCUGACGGGGCUGCGGCUGCUGGGCGAGGAGGCGCGCGCCGCCCGCGGCCGCCUGGACGCCGAGCUGAGCGCGCAGCGGCGGGAGCUGCAGGAGGCGCUGGGCGCGCGCGCCGCCCUCGAGGCGCUGCUGGGCCGCCUGCUGGCCGAGCGCGACGGGCUGGACGCGACCCACGAGCGCGACGUGCGGGCCCUGCGCCUCCGCGCGCGCCACGCGGGGCCCCCGCUGCUCUACCGCGCGCGCGCCCCCGGCCUCGCCGCGCCCCCGCCGGGCCUGCGGGAGCUGCACGCCAGCUGCGCGCGGCUGGUGGCCGAGUCGUGGGGCGAGACGGCGCGGCGCUGCGAGGACGAGGUGCGGGCGCUGGAGGAGGCGCUGCGGCGCGGCGGGGAGAGCCGGCGCCAGGCCGAGGAGGAGGCGCGGCUGUGCGCGCGGGAGGCCGAGGCGCUGCGGCGGGAGGCGCAGGAGCUGGAGCGGCUGCGGGCGCGGCUGGAGGACGAGCUGGCGCGGAUGCGGGAGGCCAGCGAGCUGCAGGCGGAGGAGCGCCAGAGAAUCAUCGCCUGCCUGGAGGAUGAGAAGGCAGACCUCACCUUGGCCAUGGCUGACCGGCUGCGGGACUACCAGGAGCUGAUGCAGGUGAAGACGGGCCUCAGCCUGGAGGUGGCCACCUACCGAGCUUUGUUGGAAGGGGAAAGUAAUCCAGAGAUUCUGCUUGUGACUGAGCACAUUGAAAACAUACCACAUGAUUUCAGAGACACGUUCAAAUACAGCAGCUCAGCUGUGCAGCGGGAAAACGAGAGGAAUCUGUUUCUUAGGCAGAAAGCACCUUUGCCAGUUGCCCGCCUUGACUUGGGGCUGCGCCCGGCCCUGUCAGCUUCUCCCAGGUCUCGGGCAGGGAUGGACAGCGAGACCAGGAGAGGUUUCCUGAGCUCUGGUUACUCUUCCCUGACCACUAGCAGGCAGGAAAGCACAUGCGGAAAAACCACCAGUGGCCAGACCACCUUCAGAACACUCUCUCCAACCCGUGGCUCUUCAUGGAACACUGAAGCUCAAGUGCAAACAUUCCCACCGAGGCCACAGGACACACCCGCCAGUGUCACCAGGGAGCCCACUGUGCUGACCGGCAUUUCGGAAAGUACUCGGUCAAGUGAGAGAACCACCGCCGUUUUAGGGAAGAAAGCAGAAACUAAAGGCACAAGGGAGCCUGAGAGAAGCAGAGUGGAAAUCGUCCAAACCAAGCGUGAGGAGAAGAUGUUUGAUUCCAAGGAGAAGGCUUCUGAGGAGAGAAACUUACGGUGGGAGGAACUGACGAAGCUGGACAGAGACACCAGGAAGAGAGAAAGCCAGCAGAGGCAGGACAAGGCCAAAGGGAAGGAGCUGCUGGCAGAGAAAGGGCAGAGAGAACGAGAGAUCCCUAUCAAGGUGGUAGCUGUCCAGGAUAGCUCCCCAGAGGUGUCCCCAAAAGAUCUCCAGACACCCCUGAAUGAGCUUGCUGGUGGGGGGACCACUGGAGGGAUGGAAGUGAAGGAGACCAGGUUCAGGUUGGUCACCAGUGACACCAUGGGCACAACGGAGAGCAUUGCGGAGAACCUGGUGUCCGACAUCCUGAAGCAGUUCACCCAGUCUCCGCAGGCAGAAGGCUCAAGCCAUCCCUUCCCGGACACGAAAGUUACCUACAUGGGCAAGAAGGAGCUCCCUGGGGAGGGGAAGGCCAGGACAGAGAUAGUCAUGGAGUCCAAGCUGACAGAAGAGAUUGAUGUGUCUGACACGGCGGGCUUGGAGCACCUCUUGAGCAAGGACGCUAAGGAGGUGGAGCUGAAGGGGAAGUCCGCCGAGCGGAUGAUCAGUGACAUCAUCCACUUGGGGCUGAAAGGGCGUGAGGGGCAGGCAAAGGUGGUCAAUGUGGAAAUCGUGGAGGAACCCGUGAGCUACGUGAGGGGCGAGCAGACUCACGAUGUUUCCAUCCCAUUCCAUGUGGAGGAAGUUGAGGACAUGUCCCCGGGCCCUGGGGGCCUUGAGGAGGAGGAGGAGGAGGAGGAGGAGGAAGAGGGGGAAGAAGGUGCCCAGAAGCACCCCUUGUUCCCAGGUGAGCAAUACCAGAAAGGAAAGAAGCCCCGAGAGAGCGUGACACAGGUGGAAGAAGUGACAGACGUAGGUGACUGGGAAGGAGAGCAGAGUUACUUUGUGUCCACCCCCGAUGACCACCCUGGGGACCAGGAUGGAGACCAUGGCUCUGUGUAUGGGCAGAUCCACAUCGAAGAAAAGGCCACCAUCAGGUACUCGUGGCAGGAUGAGAUCACGACGCCGGGGAUACAGAGGAGGGCAGGGAGGGAUGAGGCAGCGGGAGAGAAGGUUGUGGAGCUCCAGGGUGUUGGAGAACCUUCUACAGAGGGGAAGGAGGGUUCUGCAGGCUGGAGAGGACAAGUGAAGCAAGGUGAAUUCCAUACCGCACCCAUCAUCAUUGAAAAGGAAAUUAAAAUCCCUCACGAGUUCCACACAGCCAUCAGGGGCGGCCCUAAGGAGCCCAGACAGCAGCUGGUGGAGGUGAUGGGGCAGCUGGAAGAGAGCCUUCCCGAGCGUGUGAAGACUGAGCUCUCAGCCCUGGCCAGGGAGGCCCCAGGUAGUCCAGGCAGCGUGUCAGUGGAUGUGCAGAAAGUCCAGGCCGCGGGCAGUGGGGCCAUGACCCUGGUGGCUGAAGUCAACCUCUCGCAGACAGUGGACGCUGACCAGUUGGAUCUAGAGGAGCUGAGCAGAGAUGAGGCCAGGGACAUCGAGAGGGCCGUGGAGUCAGUGGUGCAGGACAGCCUGGCUAGGCAACAUAGCCCAGUGCCUGGGAGCCCAGAGCAGGAAAGGGAGGCCCCGGCAGCCGGUCUUCUCUUCAGGCGCUGGGCCACCCAGGAACUGUACACCUCCACCGGCGAGGAAGAGGAGGACGUUGGCUCCGGGCAGGUCACACCCCACAGUCCUGUGUCAGCCACUGUGGAAGUCACCAGCCCUAGGGGCUAUAAAGCUCAGUCACACGUGCUGGAGGACAUAAGCCAGUCAGUGAGGCUCGUGCAGAUAGGCCCCACAGGGACUUGGAGCACUGAGCAAGCCUCACCGGCGGCGGUGGUGGAGAUGGAUGUGAGUCACCUAGAAGCAACCCCCGGCUGGACACGAGAGACCACGGUCCUCCUCCCUGCAGGGGUGGAAGUGGAAGCUCCUGGCCAGUCCUCGGUGAUUUCAGAUGAGAAGAAAGUGGCCUUCCUCUAUCUAGAUAACCAGGAAGAGGAGCAGGAGGAGAAUGAUGGGCAGUGGUUCUAACAAGCAGUUUCAAGUGUCAUCUGAUUUGGUGACAUACCCACACACAAGGCCUUUGAUUUUAUUGUGGGGGGCACUAUUAACACUGCCCUUCCUUCUCGCUUUCUUCAGAGUGCUCCAGGUGAUGUCAGUUUACAUUACACACCAACUGCAGUUCCUGAAGGGUUCAGAUUAAGGCUUGCCUUAAAAGUCAUUAGAAUUUUAUUUUGGAAAGUUGGGACUUUUUAGAAAAACACUUUUUAUCUUUUUAGCCUGAAAAUUUCCUUUUUUCUUUUCUGGAGUUCUCUACAUCUAGAGAUAACUUGUUUUAUUUUACUUGAUUUGCACCUGGUCACAGAAAUGCCUUACAUCUGUUUGACACUAUGACUAACUUUCUAUAGGUACUAUGCCUCAAGUAGAACAAGAUUAAGGUAAUCAAGAGUACAUUGUCCUUGCAUGUGCUAACACUAACAAAUUAUGUACUUUAAGGUGAAAAUACAUUUUUCUCUUUCCAGUCUGAUCAAGAAGACUUUUUUUUUUUUUUUUUUAAUCUGCACAGUGAUUUCAUCUUAAGGAAGAAGUCACAGGGCGUAGAGCAGAAUUCAUUAUAAGACUUGAAUGAAUUUCUCUCUUGUGCAGGCCUUUUACAAAUAAGUGCUCUGAUUAUAGCAAGAACAGCGCUUGUUCAGUAUAACAUUUGAGAUCAACACACCGGCCAGUUUGAAGAUUCCUAGAACCCUGCAGCGCGGCCUGUGUGUAGGGCAAAUGAUUAAGAAUUGCUUACAGGGCUGCUUUUGCUUGAUUAUUUGUUUACUUAUUUGUUGCACUAGGUUACUGAGUAGCACAUAGUCUUCAUAAACCACUCUGCUAUUAGCCACCAGCUCCCAUCUGAGUGUCCAUCAGCUUCUCUGCACUUUAGCCCUCAAGCACUGAAGUGUUUCACCUUGCUGGUGGGAGGUCGGCCCUGAAGACAGUAAUGAGAUUGCUGAUGCUCAGGCCACGGCUGGGUGUUCAGGAUGGCCUUCACAUUAAAGUGGGGAGCACAGGGUGGAAGAUGUGCCCCCAACUCCCAGAUGGACUCCUCAACCCACUGCUAAUAGGGUAGAAAUCUUCCUGAACCAGAAGGAGGAAGGGAAGGGCAAAAGAGUAAUAAGAGAAACAACAGCCAACCUCAAGGAAGUUUUUGCACUUUCAGACGAAACCAUUAGAUUUAGGGUGUUUUGUCCCAGUGGGAGAAGAGCAUGUUAAUUGAAUAGAUGUUUGGAGAAGGAACUGAGCUCCUCACUCACUGCCCAGCACUGUGGGGCCCAAAAGGGGUCUGGGAGGAGGACGAGAGGCUCCCUCUGGCAGGCCAUGGUCGAAGGUAGUGGGAAAGAUGUGCCCUACGAGAUUAGCUUUAUCUUGAAUAGCUCUCAUCUUUGAGGGUGGAGCAUCCCAUAAAAGCGCCUCUGGCAGCUUAGCCUUAAUUCAGUCUAAACAUGCGGGGGAGCAGGGUGCCACACAGUGCUGCUAGAACUGUACUUCUCUAACAUACUUCAUGCCCUGGGGAAUGGUGGUCCCAGUGAGCUCAGAUUCGGGCAGGUUGAGAUGCUGAGGGUUGGGGGUCGGGUGGUAGCGCAGCGGGUUAAGUGCACAUGGUGCGAAAUGCAGGGACCGGUGUAAGGGUCCCCACCUGCAGGGGAGUCGCUUCACAGGUGAUGAAGCAGGUCUUCAGGUGUCUGUCUUUUUCUCCCCCUCUCUGUCUUCCCCAUCUCUCUCCAUUUCUCUUUUUUUCUAUCCAACAACGACAUCAGUAACAACAAUAAUAACUACAACAAUAAUAAAAAAAACAACAAAGGCAACAAAAGGGAAAAUAAGUAAAUAAAUAUUUUUUAAAAUUCUGAGGGCUGCUGGGGCAUCCCUCAAACUCAGGCUUCCCUCGGUUUCUCCCACUGACCCCCCCACACCAAGUUGUACUUCUCGCUAAAGUGGCCAGUGCAGGUAUUCUGGGAGUUGAAGGGGGGUAAAUUUGAUGGAGGAGAAGUUCCGCAAGCUUUCAGGAAGAUCUGUUUAAAAAAAAAAAAGUUGGGAUAUGGAAAGUUGAUUUGAAUCGAUUUUGUUAAUCUGCCAAACCAGUGAUUGCCAGAAACUGGUGACAACUCUACAAACAGACUUCUCAUUUCUUCCCCGCCCCACUCCCCUUGCACUACAACUCCACAGCUCCUAAAGACCUUUCUCUCCCUCCAACCCCUCCACCCCCCUACCCACAUCACCCCACCCCAACUUAAAAUUUCUCUUCUGAUAGAGAUGGAGGAAGAGAGACAACUACAGCAUUGCAAGUGGGAACUAGGGGCUUGAACCCAGACCCUUAGGGGACACGCGAUCAUAUGUGUGCUCUACCAAGUCUGCCACCACUGGUCCCUCCCCUGGGACUCUGCAUGAUUCCACCACUUCCAGUAGAAUUUUUUUUUUUAAGGUCAUGUGGGGGAACAUGUGUCCUGUGGAUGAAUACUGCUCAUGAAAUCACUUAGUCUGCCAGAGCAACCUGAUCUUUAUUCAUAGCAAUAUUAAAUAUCAUUUUCUAUUGCCACUAGGGUUUAUUUAUCACUGGGGCUUGGUGCCGACACUAUGAACAUAAUGUUCUUUGCAGCCAUUUUUUCCCUUUAUUUGACAGGACAGAGAGAAAUUGAAGGGGAGAGAGAGAUACCUGCAGACCUGCUUCACCACUCAUGAAACUUCCCCUCUACAAGUGAGAAACAGAGGCUCGGAUCUGGGUCCUUGCACAUGGUAAUGUGUGCACUUGGGGUGCGCCACCGCCUGGCCUCAUAAGUGCUUAUUUUUAAUAGUUCAUUUUGUGUGCCCUACAAAUGAUGUCAUAAAUAUCCAAAUGGCCCUUGAUAGAAAAAAAGGUUCCAGGCAGGGGGUAGAGAGCAUAAUGGUUUGGUUAUGUAAAGAGAAUCUCAUGCCUGAGGUUCCAAAGUUCCAGGUUCAAUCCGUCACACCACCAUAAGCCAGAGCUGAGCAGUGCUCUGAUAGGAAAAAAAAAAAAAGUUCCUCACCCCUGUAUUAGGUUGAGGCAGAAAGAUAGGGAGAGGGUGACAGAGGAGACUCCACAGCACUGCUCCACUGCUCAUGAAGCUUCCCCUGUGUGGGUGCUCCCAUGUGGUGGCUGGGAGCUCGAUCCCAGAUCCUUGUACGUGACAAAAACGUGUGCUCUACUGGGUGAGCCAUCUCCUGACCCCAAGACUUCUCAUUUCAAAACAGUCAAAGUUGGGCUGACUAUCUUAGCUGUAACUGGUACUGGUAUUUGUAUAAGUGAUGUAUUGGUGAUAAUUUAGUCAAAGUGACGGCCUGACAUGACAAGACACACUGGAUCGCCUGAGUCGUAAAUAGGCUUAGUUUGGGAUCACUGUCCUGGCUCCUGACCUUGUAGGUGAGAGCCUCACUUGAACAGGUUGUUAAUAACGGGAUCCACCUCUACUUGGGGAACAAAGAACUUCGAUCUUUGUUCUUAUCUCCAUGCUGAAAUGCAUUUCUCCAGGAAGUAUCCUGCCAAAUGUACUUAACAACAUGGAGCCAAGAGCCAUUGCUGGUCACUGUCUCUGGGUCAGCCAGGAGCAGAGUGAGCCCUCAGCAGGUCCUCAAAAUCAUUUUGUGGUUGGAUGGGGCAAAGACACAAUCUUCUGUAUUGUUGUUUAAACGAGAGUAUCAGUGGAAUGUUUUUCAGUGUCUCAGUGGCUGUUGUGUUUAAAGUGUACAUUUAGAAUGGAGUCAGUCAUCUGAAAAGCUGAGCUUGCUAACAAUCUCCUACUCUCUCCAAAGGGACAUGUCACAAGAAUGUGUAAAAAUAAAAAUCUGAGCUCAGUCUAUUGUUCCUAAAGCAAUAGAAUGUUUUCCAGUA